AUGACCCCUUCUGCAAUGUCCUUGAUGAACACACUUUGCCUUGAUAGUCCUGAUCACGUGACAUCUGGUCGUCUUUCUAUUCCUGAAGAUACCGGCGUCUUGCCUCGAAGCCUCACGUUCGAUGACGACGAUGACUCACGUGACAGCGGUUUCGAAUCUCACGGAAGUGAUUCCGAGGGAUCCCCUCUCAAUUGUUUUCUGUCGAUCAGAACAAUCACCGACUUCAGUUCAGUCAAAAAAUCUUUAUUCUCACCAAAACGGCCACGUGAUGAUGAUGACAGCCCAACUGCAAAGAGAUCUAGAUGUGAUGAAGUCAUGUGUCGUGAAGAGCUCUAUAUUUCGGAAUCCCCCGAAUCCAUGAAAUCAGCUGUGGAUAAAAUGGAGGCGGAAAUCAAUCUGAUUGGCGAUGGCUCAAAGUGUCACAGGCUCCCGACCAUCACAGGCCGACACAAGGAUCUCAAAUUACGCCAUCUGCGGAGUAUGGACCGGAAGUUGAACAGCGAUUGCUACCCGUUCCUCUUCUACCCGGAAGUGUACUUACUGGAUGGCGGUUACAAGGCUUUCUAUGAACAACAUCAGGUUCCUUCACAAGAUGAACGCGCUUCCCUUGAGAGUCCCGAUCCAGUGACAUUGGGUCUUCUUUCUAUUCCUGAAGAUGCUGGCGAUUUGCCUCGCAGCCUCACUUUCGAUGAUGACGACGACUCACGUGACAGUGGUUUCGAAUCUCACGAGAGUGACACAGAGGGAUCCCCACUCAGCUGUUUUCUGUCGAGCAGAACAAUCAUUGACUUCAGUUCCGUAAGAAAAUCUCUAUUCUCACCAAAACGGCCACGUGAUGAGGACGGAAGUACUGCGGUAAAGAGAUCCACAUAUGCUGACGUCAUGGAGGAUGGUGCGAAGCUAUAUAUUUCGGAAUUCCCCGAAUCCAUGAAAUCAGCUGUGGAUAAAAUGGAGGCGGAAAUCAAUCUGAUUGGCGAUGGCUCAAAGUGUCACAGGCUCCCGACCAUCACAGGCCGACACAAGGAUCUCAAGUCAGUGUCUCCACGCACAGUCAGUCAACUACUGACAGGGAAAUACGAUGACGUCAUUUCCGGGUACCAGAUCAUCGACUGUCGCUACCCAUAUGAAUAUGAGGGUGGUCAUAUAGAGGGUGCCAUCAAUCUCCACAACGAGGCUCAAAUCUCGGAGUUAGUCACCAGCCUACGAGGGAGGGAGUCGACUCAACGGAACAUCCUGGUUUUCCACUGUGAAUUCUCCUCAGAGAGAGCGCCCAAACUAUUACGCCAUCUGCGGAGUAUGGACCGGAAGUUGAACAGCGACCGCUACCCGUUCCUCUUCUUCCCGGAAGUGUACCUGCUGCAUGGCGGUUACAAGGCGUUCUUUGAAAAACAUCAGCGACAGUGUCAACCAAACACUUACAUUCCCAUGCUGCACGAGGACUACGCCAGUCAACUACGUCACUUCCGGUCUAAGUCAAAAUCGAACAAGACCGCGAAAAACAGAUACCUGCGUAGUCGGAGCUUAGAAAUAGAUGUUUCACCACUUAGGUUUUCACUGUAG